CGCUCGCCUCGGACGUCAGAACGGCCGCGGCGGGCGCCGGCCGCCAUGGCCAUCUGCCAGUUCUUCCUGCAGGGCCGCUGCCGCUUCGGCGAGAGGUGCUGGAACGAGCAUCCUCGGGGCGGCGGCCGCGGCCGCGCCGGGCCCUCUGCCGCCCAGCACCAAGGUACUGGCAGAGGAGGAGGAGGAUGGGGUACCACUAACCAGAGAUACACUAAUGUUAUCCAGCCAUCUACCUUUAAGUCUAAUUCAUGGGGUGGCAGCAGAGAUCAAGGAAGAGGAUUUUUUGGCUCUUCAGACUUGGGAUCAUCAGGUGACAACAGCACAAAUGCAGGCUUUUCACAGAACAGAUUCUCUGCAUUGCUGACCAGUCAAAGUACUGCUGAUGGCUAUAAAGAUGAAGAGGAGAGACUUCUAGAGUGUGUAGUGAAAGACAUGGAAAUUUGGGAAUCUUCAGGACAAUGGAUAUUUUCAUCUUAUUCACCCAUGAAAGGAAAGCCAAAUAUCUCAGGUUUCCCAGAUUUCUCACCAGAAGAGUUGCAUCUGGAGUACUAUACCUGCAGAGCAAACAAUAACAUUCAAAACUAUAUCGCUUCUGUCCAGCAGUUAGCAGCACAAUGGAAAAAUCGCCUGAUUCAGUUGAAAGCUUUGGAUUCAUCAACAAGAGCAGCUUUGCUGUCUGAACUAAAGAACACAGUCACUCAGCCAGUGCCUGCCUUUGGAUUUGGAGGGCAGGUAACACCAAGCUUUGGGUCAUCAAGCUUUCCUGGGAGCAGCAGCAGUAACAGCGCCAGCACUUUCUCCUUUAAAACAAGCACCGGUCUCAGCAGUGGAUCAUCUGGGAACUCCCCUGCUUUUGGGAGCUCUUCUGCCGGCAUGACGUCCUCACCAAGCAUGUCCCAUUCUGUUGGCUUUGGCAACCCGACAGCUCCAUCUGCAGCCUCCUUCUCAUUUAAAACUUCGGAAACAACGAGUGGUUUUGGAACUUCAGGGUUUUCAGGGUUUGGCAGUUCUUCCGCCAUGAACUCUUCCAGCACUACUCCAUUUACUGCCUUUGGAUCCUUUAAUACAGCAGUAGCAGCUUCUUCCUCGCAUUCAAGCAGUACUUUAUUUGGGCAGGCUGCCAGUGCCUCUGGACAGAAUGUAACAUCAUCGUUUUUGGCAGGCACAAACACUACAUUGGAGAAGUUAUUUACACCGAAAAGCGACUUAUCAGCUGAAGAGCUGAAACAAUUUGAAGCAAAGAAGUUUACAUUAGGAAAGAUUCCUCUUAAGCCUCCACCAUUAGAAUUUUUAAAUAUUUAGGACCUUUAAGUUUAUUCUAAAAUGAUUUUGUAACUUCUCAACUUAACCAUACAAUUUUGUGGUGAGACAAUGAAACAAAAUGCAUCCAUUUGAGUUAAUUUUCCUUUAAAGUCUUCAGUAAUGACAAACACAUAGUAUAAACCUCUGAACAUUGAUUUUUAUCAUUCCUUGAUCAUUUUGGAAUGGAUGUCCUUUUAUCAUCCAGGAAAUAAACAAAGUGACUUUUUUUUAAAAAA